AUGGACCAGGAAGAAGACUUUCUGGACUUCAAGUCCUUGAGGGCAAAGUUCCAGGAUGAGGAAGUGUUGAUGCUGAAGCAGCCCGGGACCAAAUCUGCUCUCCCUGAGAAACCUAAAGUCCUGCCUCCUCCUCACAGCCCUACAAACUGCCUUCCUUCCCUCAGCUCCACAUCACACACACCCUCCAACUCACACUCCCUACCGCAUGGUGCUCGACCUUCCCUCCUCUCCUCCCUCCAGGGGCCGGGUGGCAUCGCAUCCAGAGUCAUCGUCAAGGAGGAGAAGGAGAAGAAGGUGAAGGGCAAAGACAAGGAUGAGGGAAAGGUGAAAUUACUAGGUAAAAAGAAGGCAGAGGCGAAGGCUGAUAAAGAGAAGGCGGAUGAAAGGAUGAAUGGAGGGAAAGAUAUUGUAGAAGUAGCGGUGAGGUCGGAUCUGCUGGACCAGAAACAGAAGAAAGAAGCAGACCUGGUCAUGAAGGCCAUGAAGAACAAGAAGGUGUCCCUGCUGUCCCCUGGGGGGUCUAAGGGGGUUAGUGUUGAGCUGGUAGACAUGUCACCACCGCCCAUAAACACAACAAAGAAGAAGGGUUUUCUGGGCAUCGGGAAGUCAGUGAAAACAGGGAAGAAGGGGAAAGAGGGGAGAGUUGAGCUUCUUCCUUUCCCCAUACUGGACAUAGCCAGCCCAGGCCUGACUGACCCUGAACCUCUCAUGCCUCUAACCACCUUCGGAACCCCAGCCCCCCCUGCUGGUGACCCCUCAGUCACACCCCCGUCCCUCCAGCCUGAGAGGCCCGUGGGGAUCCAGGAACGGCCACUCUCGGCCCUGUUGGCUCUAGGACGAGCAGAAGAGAUGAGUUCCCCCAAAAAAAGAGGUUCAGAGAUAAUCUUCAAUGCUCUGGAGAAAGCUAAGAGGACGCUCGCCAGCCCUCUUACGACCCCCAUCCCCUCCAGACCUGUCACGCCCACCAUAGAGGACCUACCCCCACCCCCCCACAACCCUAGCCCCACCCCGAUGAAAUCCCUACCUGAGCUCCCACCAAUCGACUACGAUGACCAGGCAGGGGCGGCAGCCCCUACACCCCUGAUACCGGCCCUAGUCAACGGUAUUGACAUUAGGCAGGCGUCUCCUAUGUUGGAGGGGAUAGCAGAGAAGGGGGCAAGGGACGUCCUACCAGACCUGUUUGUGGUGCCCCCUCCUCCCCCGAGAAAGCGCCUCCCAGAGGCCUCCACCCGAGGAUCCCCACCAGAGAAACCCCCCCAACUCCCCUCCGUGGACCUGACUGCUUAUGCUGUGGAGAUUCCUGUUCCUUCAGCUGAUUCUGCUCUCAACGUUCCUGAGUUUGAGGAUGUAGGAUCGGAUGUUCUGGACUUGGAAGCCCUGGAGUUCCAGCCUGCAGACUUAGUGGACUUAGAGGUGUCUAAGUGGGGGUACGGAGAAUAUGGUGACCCUGAGUUUGCCCCACUAAACGCAGACAACAUUCCAGAGACAAUGCCUCUAGAACAGGAGAUUCUGGAAGAGGGUGAGGAGCUUCCGGAAGUUGAGGACCAGGGAGUUCCAGAGUUUGGAGUUGAAUUCAGAGAGAUUCCAGAAUCAGAACCGGGGGUGGAGGUUCUUCAGGAAACUGUCCAUGCCUCCCCUUUCAGCCAAAACCCCCAGCCAGCUGCAGGAGCCCAGGCAGAAGACAGCACCUAUGGAAGCUGUGGCAAUGCCUAUGAGGACAUGCCCUCAGCCAAGCAGAAGGUCAAGGGUCAACCCACCAAGAAAAAGAAAGGAUCAGCGAAGAGUAAGACACAGGCACCUUACAACCCAUAUGCUGAGACUCAGCUUCCGACAGAAGAAACACCCAAGACUGGCUGGUUCUUGAAGAAGCCUGCCUCGGAAACCCCAGAUGAGAAACAAUUGAAAAAGAUAGAAAAACAACGUUUGGAGAAGGAGAAGAAAGAACAGAAAGAAAGAGAGAGGAAAGAGCAGAAAGAGAGAGAGAAUAAAGAAAAUGAGAUGAAGAAGUUUAAGAUAACAGGUCAGAAGGAGGCUAUAUACCAGGCUACAGUGAUGGUAGCGUCUAAAGGACAUAAGCACGACCUGGCUGUGAAGAAUGGGGACAUAGUCAGCAUCAUACGGACCACAAACUGCCCGAAAGGAAAAUGGCUGGCCAGGGACAGCACUAAUACAUAUGGAUACAUCUCAGUGAGCGACGUGGAGCUGGACAUUAAGGAGAUGUUGGAAAUGGGGAAGAGGGCUUCUCGGGCCAUCAGCUGUAAAAACAUUACCACUAUGGUAGAACAGGGAGGAGAUGUGGCCAGUAUGGACAGCAGGACAUCCAAUCACUACCCACUUCAGGAAGAUACAGGCAGCUUCACAGACGACAGUGAGGAGUGGGCACAUGAUGAUGAUGAACCUCUCUCCUCCCUCAUUGAGGAAGAGCCCACAGAGAGCUCUCUCUUUCCCUACCGUCUCCCUCCAAGAAGACCUGAAGAACUUGAACCUGAAGAACCGAUCAGCCCUAUGGACAUAGAAGGACCAGAGACAGUGUACCUGUGUAAAGAGGAAGCAGAUUUGAAGCUUUCAGAUAUGGCGGUUCGUCCUCCUCCUGACCUGUAUGCAGACAUCAUCAGUGACUCUUAGUAGACUACAAACUACCUACAGGUGACAAAGUUGCUUAACUUUACAGCUCCAAUAGUCACCACUGAGCAGAACCGUUGAUCAGCCAAUAACAAGGCUAUUGAUAAUGCAUUGAUGUCUGGGUCUGUUCUCUCUUCUAUGAGCAGCUGGUGAACAAAGGAAGAACGGCAAGAUGGUAUGUCUGUUGUCAACUGCCAGUCAUCGCCAUGACAAUCACUCAGAUGACGGAGGCUUGUAGAAUCUGUCUGGACAACCUGCAAUCGGAUGAACUAUUUCUGUUAUAAUAUUGUUUUGGCUGUGAUUCAAUCUGAGCGCUCUAGUCAACAAAGCAGCCUUUUAAGGUAACCGUGUUCAGAGAUCGCAUUCAAGAUAAAUGAUGCAGUUGUCGGCAAUUACCUUUUAAUUCGAAAUUACUGUUAAAUGUCAAGGACGCUAUAUCGCGGUUUUGGAUUGAAUCUCUUGUAUUGAUGUCCAUCCAGGGUUAUGGAGGAUGAGAUGAAGGGCUUUAUACAGAAUGUUUUAUAGAAAGACUAUGCGACACCAUACAUGUAUUGGUUUAGGUUCCACUGUGUCGUGCAUCUUUACAAGUGUUUACGAUGACUCAACACUGUAUCCAGCUACUUGUGUGUCUCAAAUGACACCCUAUUCCAUGUGUCAUACAUUAAGUGACAGAGGGUUAGCCACAUAUGGCUCAGUCAAAAGUAGUGCACUACACAGAGAAUAGGAUGCCUGCCAUAGGAGACUUGUCUGUUUUUUAUAUUCCCAGUGAAUUUCCCAUAAAGUAUUAAAGAGAUGUAACAUUGA